GACAGCAUCAUCGCGUUUUCGCGUCUACGUCUCACCCAUCUAUUGCUUCGCGACAUUCGCUGCCAUGUCCUCGAAGUUUGUAUGUCUGCGGUCAACACGCCUUGCUGCGCGCCAUCCGUGUCGUAGCAGGGCCUUCGCGACUGCCGCGUCUAGCCGCGAUUUUGUGCGCCUUGUAGAGGUUGGACCACGAGAUGGACUGCAGAAUGAGAAGCAGACAAUAUCUCUGGCGACCAAGGUUGAGCUGAUCGAUAGGCUGGCGCAGACCGGGCUGAGGACAAUAGAGGCAGGAUCCUUUGUUUCGCCGAAAUGGACACCACAGAUGGCGAACUCGCAAGAGAUACUCGAGCAUGUGCUGAAAGCAACACCGCAAUCACCACAGCCCAUAACUUACCAAUGGCUGCUCCCAAAUGUCAAAGGCAUGGACAACUUUCUUUCGCUGUGGCAGUCGAGGACAUCUCCAGGGACAGAUGAUGGCCCAGCGUUGAACACGCCCUCCCAAGAUCCUAAUACUAUGCCGUCGGCAUCUUCUGGUGCUGAAGCUACGGGUAAAGAUCGAGCAAGCCAUCUGCAUGAACUUUCCAUCUUCACUGCGGCGACAGAGUCAUUUACACAAAAGAAUACGAAUUGCUCCAUCGCCGAGUCACUUAAACGCUUCGAACCUAUAAUGUCUAAAGCGAAGAAAGUUGGUCUGAACGUACGGGCUUACAUCUCAGUUGCACUUGGGUGUCCAUUCGAGGGACCCAACGUCGACCCACACAAGGUUGCAGAGUUAGCCGUUAGCCUGCUGGAAAUGGGAGCGAGUGAGAUCUCAGUAGCUGAUACAACUGGUAUGGGUACUGCACCGAAGACGGCAGAGCUCCUGAAGACGCUGAGUGCUGCGGGCAUCGAUAAGAGUGAUCUAGCGCUUCACUUCCACGACACAUAUGGCCAGGCGUUAGUAAACUCCGUUGUUGCACUUGAACACGGUAUCCGCACAUUUGAUUCCGCAGUGAGUGGUCUGGGGGGUUGCCCGUAUAGCCCAGGUGCAACGGGGAAUGUUGCGACAGAAGACAUGGUGCACCUGAUUCACAGCUUGGGUCUGUCGACAGGUGUUGACAUUGAAAAGCUUUCCGAGACGGGUGACUGGAUAUCAAGAGAGUUGAAUAGGGCAAACCAAAGUAGUGCAGGGAAAGCUAUCAUGGCUCAGCUUCGAAGAGCUCAGAAAGCAAAAUUGUAGACGGCUUGUCAGGUAGGUCUAGCAGGCUUUCUGCAUCUAUUCCAUAUUUGCGAGUUCUACUACAGAUGCUGAAGCAACGAGUUUAAUCAUCGUGACAUCAUAUCUUCUCGCGUUCCUUCCUUUCCCUCACACCCCGUUCACAUCUGUUAGCGCGACUUCCAGUUCUCCGAUUUUACUAUGCAACAAACACUGCGUUCACUGCCUCUCGUCUACAUAAUAUUGCGAUAUCAUUAUCAUCUACCUCAUGUAUGCUCCUCUUAUGGGUGGAGGCACUUGCGUUGAUCUCGAUACUCCCACCCAUGCACUAUUGUUAGAUCACCUCUAUCGACCCCUUUCUCUGUAUCCACUUUGUCGUCUUUCUAAUUGAAUUAGUAUAUUCACUUUGUAGACCGAGCCUCAGGAUGGGUAUCGAUAUCAGACGAGGUUUGCUUCCAACAACCAAUCCGC